AUGGAUGGUUCAGCUUCAACUUCAACACCUAAAACUGAGGUCAUAGAGAGCGCGGAUUUAUUAGAAAUUGUGCUUCCUGAUAUGUCUUGUUGUAAAAUUUGUGGUAUUCAAGCGCAUGGAAAACAUUUUGGAGCAUUAACUUGUCGAGCUUGUGCUGCAUUUUUUAGGAGGUGUCAUUUCAAUACAGGGCCAGAAAUUGUCUGCCAAUUUAUGAAUUCUAAAUGCAAAGCGGACAAUAAAGGAAGAUGGGCUUGUAAAAAAUGUCGCUUCGAUAGAUGUAUUGCAAAUGGAAUGACAACACGGAAUAUUCAAUGUGACCGAGAUUUAUUUCAGUGGAAUCUUUCAGACAGUGGAAUCCGUUUUAGGACAACCUCAUUACAUUUGUUUUACGAAAAAAGAGUUAUCAGCAAAUUGCGCUGUAACAUACAUCGACAUGACUAGUUUUGCUAGCAAGGUUGAAGAAAUGAAUCCCCAAAGUUCUCUCCAUCUGUGGAAAUUAAACAACCUUGAGCAGUUUGCACGUGGAUUGGAGGAGCAUCGUUCUCCGCACAGCAUCAUUCAUCACAAGAGAAACUGCGAUAUCUUCAUGGGAAGAUCAGAUUUUAGCUGUUGUCAAAUGGCUCAAUUACUCAAAUGCGUUUAGGAAUCUUCCAUAUCAUUUGAGACUACAACUUGUUCAAACGACAUGGUCAACUUGGAAUAAACUAGAAAGGACUGCAAUGACGGCACAGAUGAGGGUUAAUAGGCAGUGCGGUAAGAAUCAGUUCGUCGUGUCAAAUAAUCAUCUUUCCGAUUACUCCCGAAUGGAUGCAGAUAUGAGCUGGUGGAGCCAUUAUUCUUUUGAAGAACUUCAAUUUUAUUCAAUGCAAAAGAUUUGUUCUAUGAUGAUAUUGUGUGGGGAAUUGUCGAAUUGAAACCGGAUUUAGUUGAACUCGCCUAUCUCUUGUGUACUUUAUCUUUUGGAAUGGCAGGAAAAAUCAUUCAAGGCGAGUUAUUAGAUGCUACUGAAAAACUACUUGAUACGUUGGCUAAUGAUUUGCAUUUGUAUUACACAAAAAGGAAUAAAGUUCCAUAUGCAUUGCGACUGAGUCAAUUACUAAAAGUUUGUGAUAAAUUUGUUAAACUAAGAAAUAGUAGAAGCGAGAAAUUUCACUUGUGCGCUAUUCUUGGAGUUUAUGAAAUUAAUAUUUCGAAUCAUGAAUACUUUCAACUCACGUGUUAA